UCUCCCCAAUUCCAAGAACUAAACAUAGCCUAUAAUAGAGAGGCAGUGGAUCAAGCCUACUCCCUCCGUCCCUAAAAAAAGGUUAACAUAGUACAAGAUGUAACAUUUCCGAGUACUAUGGAUCUGGACAGAGGAUGGAGUGAGUACCAUUUUGCAUAAACAGUGAAAACUAAUCAUCAUAUUAUCACUGCAUCAUUAUUGCCAUCUUGUCUGAAACUCUGAAUCUUCGGGGUGGCAACCAUAUCUGAAUCCUCCCAACAGCUGCACAUUUCAAGCAGGUAGAUGAGGAUGCUUCACCCUCCAUGAGUGACCACUUGUCAUACAAACACAAAUUGUAGCUAUCACCAUUCAUCUCAUAUAUAUAUAUAUAUAGGAGGAAAGUAGACCGAGUAAUGGUAGUAGCAGUAGAUACAUCAAGAACACAUAGACACAUACACAUCAAAAAAAAGAUUUGCAACCUCGUUGCAAACCAUGGAGGAGUUCACCUUCUUCCCAGCAGCGACGUCGCCUCGCCGCGAUCAUCGGCUCGGCCUCGUCGGCUCGCCUCCACCGCUGCUGUUCGCCGCCGUCAUCGAGGUCGACGACGGAGAUGAUGGAGAGGAGGAGGAGAAGAUGGACUUGCUGUGGGAGGACUUCAACGAGGAGCUGGCUCGCGCGCCGCCGGUGUGCCCUCUGAGCCCGCUCAACAUCAAGGGCGGAGGGCUGACGGCGACGACGGCGAUGGCCAAGGACGACGGCGGCGGCGGCGAGAAGCAGGCGAGGCGCAUGUACUCCGGCAGCGUGGUGCGGCGGCGCCGGAGAUGGAGCCUGCUGCUGAUGCUCAGGCUGCUCAAGAACCUCUUCUUGGCCAAGAACACGAGGAACAACCCAAGAACUGCACCCAUCUGAAGCUUUUCCGAAACGAUCAGUCGAUCAGAUUUUUUCUGGAGGUUUCAGAAAUCAAGAAAUCCGAGAGCUGAUGAUGAUCUUGAUCACGAUGAUGAUGAUGAGGAUGAGUUAUAUACACGAGUGUAAAAUAGUAAUGUGCAUAUAUUUGAUAUCUAUUAGUACUACAUGUUUGAUGUUUCUGUCACAGGACAGAGUAACCCAAGGAGGUAAAUUUCCUCUCUUUUGCUGAAGUGUGUGUUCUUCUUAUUAUCUAUAUAUAUAUAUAGUUUCCUAUAUAAUUAUCUGUUUCUGUUCUUCACUCUGAUUCUUCUUAUGUUAUAUCAGUUAUCACAAUGUAUAUUGGCAUCUCAAUCAUCAAAAAUUUUAUUUCUGAAUCAAGUUCAACAA